AGAGCGGAAUGGAGCGUGGCCGUGGCCAGGCGGGCGGGCAGCGGUGCGACUCUCGUUUUCCAAGUCCGACAGCCUCCCCGCCCCGCGUGGCCGCCUCGACGCUCGCACGUCCUGCUUGCUCGCCUUUCUCCGUCGUCCUUGUCUCCGUUCUCCGUUCUCUGUCUCCGUCGCACUCACACACUCACACGCUUGCCUUCGCAACUUAGAGGCCACUCGCCGCGCCUCUGCCCUUGUCAUUAUUACGCAGCAUACAAUCCACGCUCACUCCCGCUUCACGCCCAACUAUGCCAAUCCAAUGAGCUCGUCCGCAGCAGCAACAGCCACACACCCUCAUCACCGCCCCUCGCAUGACGACGACGAAGCCCUCGAAUCCCUCGAAGCUGGCCCUUCCUCCUCCUCUUCCUCACCACAACCACCACGCAAGACGCGCCGUACACACGCACGACGUUCCUGCUUAGCCUGUCGAACGCGCAAGGCGCGAUGCGAGCUGCCAGACCUCAAUGUGCCCUCGUCCCACGAUGGAUUGCCCUCCCACUUGAAGUGUCACAGGUGCAAGGCAUUGGGGACCGAGUGCGUCGUGUGGGAUGGUGAUCGCAAAGCUAAAGAGGGAAAGACGCCGCGAUAUGGUCCCCCACCGGCGCCAACGACGACGACGAGUAGUGGUGGUGAGGGUGAAAAGGUGGCCAAAGUGGAAGCUGCCGACGGGGAAAAGUCGGCGCACGCGCAGGGUCAGAGCGAACAGGCGCGACCACCGCGUAGAGGACCCAGACCAAUCGUAGCUGGAAGGCGACUGGUAGUCACGCCAGCAGAAGUGGCAGAUACUCUUUCGUGGGAUGCAGAGCAGGCAAAGCGACGUGCAGAGGCAGAUGCCAGGGCAGCAGAAGCUUCAUUGGACGCCGAAGCAUCACACGCGCACAAGCGUCCUCGCGAUCAAGAAGAAGACGAGGAAGACGAGAACGCCGGUCACGAUGCUCCUUCGCCACACUCGUCGUCCCCCCCACGCGGCGAAGACAUCCGUUCCUUCGACUAUCGCAAGAAGCUCGCAAACGCAAUGGACCGCAAUGGGGCGCAGGUGUGCGAGAUCAUAUACAAGUCUCCGCUCUACCCUGCGCGCUCCACCAAAUACACCAGCACGGCCUCGUCACACGUUCCUCCCAUGGGACCCAACCCUGCGCUAGACUCAUCCCGCCUCUACGACUUUGUGUUAGCCAACCCCUUUCUCGACGACUCGCUGCUGCGAAAGGGCAGACACGAGCUGCCGGCUGCCACACUCUACCUUAAACAAGUAACAGCCUACAUCUGUGAACGCCCGCACCACGAACUCACCCUGCUCGGCGCAUUGAUCCAACGUACCCUCUGCCACGUCAUGUUCCAAACGCGUAGCCGCGACGUCUGUCAAGCGCUCCUCCUAAUGGCAACCUACGAGCCCCUAGACCUAAUCCUACCGCGCCCCUCCGAAGACCUAGACGAGACAAUCGACCAUGCGCCAGGUAAUUGCCUCUACCUCGGCGCAAUGAAUAUUGCCCUCUCCCUAGGCCUGGACCAAUGCAUCUUCAAAAUGUGUAGCGGACCACGCGCCCUCACCUCCUCCUCUCCCCUCUCGGAGCGCCUCGAUCGACUGCGCGAGGCCGCCUUGUGGCUCUCCCUCUCCAACUUUGGUGUCCUCUGCGCUUGGAGCUCGGUCAACCCCAAUCUACCGAGUCCCGCCCCCUCGCUGGUGGAUAUCGAAGCUUUCGCCACCAAUAUCCACCCUUUACUCCGUCACCCCUCCACAGCUCACCUCGCCGCCCCGCUAACAGCCCUCGCUCUGCGCUCCAAGUUCUUCUACCGGAUCCGCACAUUCUGGUCCGACUUGCGGCGCCUAGAGAUGAGCGAACCAAGCGAUAUUGAGCCAGCUAUGGCGCUUGUGGGGUGCAUGGUGCGCGACGUGAGAGGCAUGGACCAGCAAGAGGCAAAAGAGAUACGUGCCAAGUUCCCGCCCGAGCAGGUCGCGAGGUUAAGCCCUGUUCUUGCGUGGAAUCGCUUGGAGAGGUUGGAUAAUGUGGCGAGCUUGUGCACGAGGUUGAUCUUCAUGUUCAUCGCUGUCAUUAAUGGCGCAGCCUCUAGCGCAGGAGGGGCAGGCGCGGGCGGGGGAGGUGGAGCAGCGGGUCCGGCUAGUCUGUCCGACCUCCAUACGUCGCGACUAAGCAUGUUCGAAGGAUGGCACUCCAGCUCCCUCAAGACGCGAGAGGCUGCCGGUGUCUUGUGGGGCUAUAUCCAGGAGUCAUGCGAGGCCAUCCUAGAAGAGGCUGGGCGGUUCGUUCCCCCUGCGCCCACCCGCCCGGCGGAGGGGCAGAGCGCAGGCAACGGGAAUGGGGAGCACCACCCCUCCUUCCCGCUGCACAUCGUAAGCCCCAUCGGCCUCUCCUCCUGCAUCUUCGGAGCGGCCAAGAUGCUCGUGGGCCAUAGUGCAGCCAUCAACUUCGGGUAUGGCUCGCUCCAUCACAAUGUCGAUCACCAGGUCGGGAUCAUGCGCGGCGCAAUUGCUACACUUGCGCGCUUCGACCGAGGAGACUCCCUCAGCUUGCCCGCUUUGAUGGUCAUGAUAUGUAAGGAGUUGGUGGUGCGCUAUGAAGCGUUGAUUCGGGCUGGGAAGAGGGAGAGAAGGGGCAAAGAGUGGGUGGAUAGUCUGCCCAGGGAGGCACCGAGGAGGUGGAGGGAGGAGAGGGAGAGGAGGGAGGUGCAGGUUGAGGUGGAGCGCGAGCGCGAGCGCGAGAGGGAGAGGGAGCGAGAGAAGGCGAGAAGAUUGGCGCAAAAGCCUGCUGCGACGACGACGACUGCGGCGAGGAGGGCGGAACGGGAGAGGGAGCAGGGCAGCGCGGCAGGGACAGCGGUAGGGCAGGGCACUGUACACUCUGCGGGGACCGGAGCAGGCGUCGCCUCUGCAGGAGCGGGCAGUGCGCUCCGAGGUUGGGACGUUGGGAUGGCCAGCAAAGACCCUGCCGUGGGUUCUCGGGGCUGCCCGUAUUCUCCACAAGCACACACCGGACACGCAAAGCCGCAGCAGCGCGGGCACGAUGGCAGUGGCGCUCCUCUGCACUCCCACGCUACGCCAGGACACUCGCGUCCCUCACCCUCGCGCCAAUACCUUCCGCAACACAGCCAGCACCACACCCAGCACUACGCCGCCGCCGCGAGUGGGAAUGGCCCUCUCUCCACGUCGUCCCCUUCACACUCCACCAGCUCAGCGCCCAGCUCACCCUUCGGUCCGCUGGGCCAUCCCCCCACCUUGCCCCGGCCUGCAUCCAUGGGUCGCAGUGGUGGCGGUGGUGGUGGCCCCGUUUCCGGUGCUGGUCUUCCCUCCCCCUCCCCCUCGCUGGGCGUGGGCAUGGGAAUGGCAAUCGGAGGCGCAGGAUCGCAUCACCCAUCUCACUACUCGAGCGGGAUGGGUUUCGCUAUGCCCUUCGGCGCAGCAGGAGGUGGGGGGGCCGUUUCGACCUCAACGACCUCUUCAGCUUCUCCGGCAGGGGCGAGCCCGCAGCAACAUCAACAGCAGAUGAUGAUGCAGCAGCAGGCGCAGGCGCAAGCGCAGACGCAACAGGGACAGCAGCAGGGCUACCCGUCCUCGUCUUCGUACGGCAAUGUGACCCAUCUCACCUCCAAUGCAAACGGCGGCGCCGGCGGAGCACAAGGACAUGGGCACGCCUACUCCCCUCCCGCCCCACUAGGCAUGUCCUCAUAUCCCGCCCACGUCAGCGCCGACGGCAACGGCAAUGGCCAUGGCCCCGCUGCGGGGAUGAGCGGCUCUCCCUCUACGUCAGGUUUCGCAGGGACAUCAACGCCCACUCCCUCUUCUUCGCACUCGCACUCGCACUCGCACUCCUACUCUCACUCCACGCCGCAAUCCCAACCUCAACCGCAACCGCAAUCGCACCCGCAGCCACAAGCGCCAGGCAUCCCCUUCAGCGUAAGCGAGUACGAUGUAGCGCUGGGCAACCUGUUCAACCAAGACUUGGGCGACCUGAUAAGUAUCGAUUUGACCAUGUUGCUUGGUCAGGGGGAGGGGGGCGCGCCACCGGCACCGGCACCGCCGGCAGGAGCAGCAGCGGGAGGGGUGGGGAACGAGAAUCCCUCCCUCGCGCAGACGUACGGACAGACACAACCGCAAGCGCAGCCGCAGCCGCAGUACUCCCCACCGGCACCACCACCAACGGCGCCGACGAAUUAUCACCAUGCGUACGGGCAGGGCGGUUAUGCGCAGCAGCAGCAGCAGCAUUCGGCGUAUGGAGCUGGUAUGGUGCAGCAGCAGCAUUCGCAGGGGGAUGGCCUGCAUCAGCAUCACCACGCUCAGGGGCAAGGCCACGGCCAGGGCCAGGGCCACGCGGGAAUGCCGCCUCAUCUUCGACCGUAUUAAUUCAUGUCGCAACUGCGGGACGAGGCAGGAUGAGGCGACUAGCGGCCACGCGAGCCAUCUAUCCCAUGCUGGGCAUCUCAACUGUACCCCUUCCACUCAAGCCUUGCUCGCCCGACGCGCAAGCGCACCUGCACCGGCACUCG